UUUUCCAAAAAAGAUUUUCUGCAUAUGGUUGUAUCGUUGACGUUAGAGUUAAUAAUAAUUUUUUUUUUUUGUAGAAAUUUUAAAUAACAUAAAUUUUCUAAAGUUUUUGAUAAAAAUGGUCUUUUACUUUACUAGUAAUGUAGUUCAACCCCCUGUCACACUUUUCAUGGGUUUAGAUAAAUAUGAAAAUGAAGAUUUAAUUAAAUGGGGAUGGCCUGAAGAUGUAUGGUUUCAUGUUGAUAAAGUAUCCUCAGCUCAUGUUUACCUUAGAUUAAAACCGGGACAGACUUUAGAUGACAUUCCAUCUCUAGUAUUGGAAGAUGCUGCUCAAUUAGUUAAGGCAAACAGUAUUACUGGUAACAAAAUGAAUGAUGUGGAUGUUGUAUAUACAAUGUGGGCAAACCUUAAAAAAACACCUAGUAUGGAAGUAGGACAAGUCAGUUUUCAUAAAGAAAAAGAAGUACGAAAAAUUCGUGUUGCCAAACGUAGUAAUGAUAUCAUAAAUAGAUUGAAUAAAACUAAAACAGAAAGUCAUCCAGAUUUCAGAUUAGAAAGGGAAACUCGAGAUCGAAAUGAACGUGAAAGUAAGAAAACAUCACAACGUUUACAAAAAGAACUGGAAAAAGAAGAAGAACGACGAAAAAAAGAAGAGGCUGAAUUGAGAAGUUAUCUUACGUUAAUGAAAACCGAAAACAUGAGCUCCAAUUUAAUGGGUGGUGAUGGAAAUGAUUCAGAUGAAUUUAUGUGAUGUUAAAAGUUAAAUAAAAAUUUGA